AUGGCUGAAGUGUUUGGUCUCAUUGCCGCGGGAAGAUCGCCUUCCCAAUUUGUACAAGUUGGAGAAAGAGAAUUCCUAUGUGAGAUUGGAGAUGCUGCGAAUGUGAAUCAUGUAGUUGUUUUCAUGACUGGCUUACAUAACUUUCCUGAUGGCAUGGGGUGUUCAGCAUUGAUUGCUUCAGUGUAUGUUCGUUGGCCAUCACCAGACAAUCAAGACGCUGGAUGGCACUAUCUGGGCUUUGUUUGCAAUGCAAAACCGAGCGUGAUUUUUAAAAUUGCUCAGGUAAAUCAUAUUUUUUCGAAACUCUCCUCCGAGAAUAGUGCGAUAAGUACUUUUAACGGAAGUUCAGAGAAGGUUUUUCGUAAUACCUUAUGAGG